CAGUCUACAACACGGGGGUUGGCAGACACACGGCGGCUAUCAUGUGAGGAACAGCUCGCUGGAGAGAACCGCGUCGCCGACAUUAAUGUGUUAACCGACCUGUGAGGAUAGUUUGGGACUUUAACUUCAGACAUUUUGCGGAUAAAACCCGGACGACUCCAGCGGGACUGCUGUUUCACGGGCUCUCCGGGAACUAGCUAAGCAUGUCGGCACACAGCACAUCAUAGGAGUUGACAGCGUGGAAGGACAGAACAGGGAAAAAGAAGCAGGAAAGGAAGAAGACAGAGUGUUGGGAGGAGAUUGGACAGUUUUUACUCCAAGAGCAGAUGGGUGAGACAGAGGAUGAGCGUACUGCGCAGGCCAGCGUGCUCUUUGAGAACUUUGUCCAGGCAUCUACCUGUAAAGGGACUCUGCAGGCCUUCAGCAUCCUCUGCAGGCAACUGGAGCUGGAUCCUCUGGACUACAGCAACUUCUACCGCUCACUGAAGGCUGCAGUCAGCACCUGGAAGGUCAAGGCCCUGUGGACCAAACUGGACAAAAGGGCGCAGCACAAGGUCUACAACCAGAAUAAAGCCUGUCAGGGCACCAGGUGUCUGGUGAUUGGCGGGGGUCCUUGUGGUCUGCGGACAGCCAUUGAACUGGCCCUGUUGGGCUGUAAAGUGGUGGUAAUCGAGAAGAGAGACACCUUCUCUAGGAACAACGUUCUCCACCUCUGGCCCUUCACCAUCCAUGACCUCAGGGGCCUUGGAGCCAAGAAGUUCUAUGGAAAGUUCUGUGCCGGCGCCAUCGACCACAUCAGUAUCCGCCAGCUCCAGCUGAUGCUGCUGAAAGUGAGUCUGAUACUGGGAGUGGAGAUUCAUGUCAAAGUGGAGUUUGUCAAACUUGUGGAGCCGCCAGCGGAGCAGACUGACGAGAGUCGUGGUUGGCAAGCAGAGGUCCGGCCCUCCAGCCAUCCUGUCUCGGACUUUGAUUUCGAUGUUGUGAUUGGAGCCGAUGGACGCAAAAACACAUUAGACGGUUUCGGUCGCAAAGAGUUUCGAGGGAAGUUGGCUAUCGCCAUCACAGCUAACUUUGUCAACAGGAACACCACAGCAGAGGCCAAAGUGGAGGAGAUCAGUGGUGUGGCCUUCAUCUUUAACCAGAAGUUCUUUCUAGAACUCAGGGAGGAGACAGGAAUUGACUUGGAGAACAUAGUUUACUACAAAGACAACACACACUACUUUGUCAUGACGGCGAAGAAGCAGAGUCUCCUGGACAAGGGGGUCAUCAUAAAUGACUACAUUGAAACAGAGCGACUGCUGAGCCCUGACAACGUAAACCAGGAAGCAUUGCUCUCCUACGCCCGUGAGGCAGCUGACUUCGGCACAAACUACCAGCUGCCGUCCCUGGACUACGCCAUCAACCACUACGGGCAGCCGGAUGUAGCCAUGUUUGACUUCACCAGCAUGUACGCCUCAGAGAACGCCGCCUUGAUCAGGGAGAAGCACGGACAUCAGCUACUGGUCGCACUGGUGGGAGACAGUCUGCUUGAGCCCUUCUGGCCAAUGGGCACUGGUUGUGCUCGGGGAUUUCUGGCAGCCUUCGACACUGCUUGGAUGGUGAGGGGCUGGACACAGGGCAGGAGCCCUCUGGAGAUCCUGGCUGAGAGGGAGAGUAUCUACCGGCUGCUCCCUCAAACCACCACAGAAAACAUCAGUAAAACUUUGAACAGUACGCCAUUGACCCUGCCACCCGCUACCCCAACCUCAACUCCAGCUGUGUACGCCCACACCAGGUGCGUCACCUGUUCAUUGAUGGCCAACAGGACUCGGGUCACCUGGAAAGAGGAGGACCCACAAGUAGAUCAGCGAACUUGUCCAGAAGAGAGUCUGAUGUGCGUCCUGGCCGGCUGCUGACCUGGUGUCAGAAGCAGACUCAGGGCUACAGGGGGGUUGAUGUCACCAACCUCACAUCUUCCUGGAGGAACGGCCUGGCCCUCUGCGCUCUCAUUCACCGCCAGAGGCCUGAGCUCAUUGACUAUGACUCUCUGAACGAGGAGGACGUGGCGGGGAACAACCAGUUGGCCUUUGACGUGGCUGAGCGACAGUUUGGCAUCCAGCCGGUGAUGAGAGGAAAGGAGAUGGCUGCGGAGGCUGAACCAGACAAGC